GCUGUGACCACAUCACGCCUCAAUGUCCAAUACUGUCAUUAAUUCUAAAUACAUCUAUGUUAAUGCAGUUUUCUUUAAAUUGUUCAGAAGAUAGCACUGGCACUAUUUCCUUGAACUUUCAAACUGAAGUCUAAAUACACCCAUGAGAUCCUACUAAAUACAGUGCUGAGAGAAUGUACAGGCCUAGUUGUUGCCUUGAACUUUGACACUCUUGAUUCCUUGUCAACUUGACAAAGCUUACGAAUAUAGCACAUGUGACCCAGGGGUCUAAAGAUGCAUUUCCCCAAUAACGCCAGACAUUUAAAUGGAGACCCUGAACUAGGCCGUUGAAUGGGCACUGUCAAAUAAGUACAUUACUAUCAUUGUUAAGUAGUCCUUCAGGCAUCCCCAGGGAGUGAGCACUGUCUCUUAUGACAUAAUCCAGCAUGUCUGUGCCUAUUAGUCACAAGAAAUGAAAUUCAGUCUGAUCAUAAGAAAUGAAUGAACUAAUCAUAGCCCAUGGCAUUUACAUGGCAUGCAAACCAUUUAAUGUAACUUGGCAUGAUUAAAUAAGCGCAAAAAUUCUUCACCAACAUCAGUCAUUUUUCCCCUCAAACACAAUAGGAAUAUAGGGAUGUACUGUAAAAUAAAUCAUGUUUAAGGGGGGUCAGAGAAGGUCUUUGGCAUGAGCACUUGAGCAGUUAGUCAUUUACGGCUGCCCUCCUAUUUGUUGCGAUGAAAACACCGCUCUGCGCCCCCGCUGAGAUGACCAGGCUUCUCCCACCCCCCAUUCCUUACAUGGGCGUGGGUCCAGGUUGCUGCUGUGGGGCCUCCCCGCUACGCGCCCUUCCAUUCAUGGCCACUUAGCUCUCAAUGGCGCAGGAGCUACCAAAUAAGGAGAAGGAGGUCUACCGUGUGCCGAGCCUGUUGUUGAGUAUAUAUUGGGAGUGGGCCUAUUGCACUUUUACCACAGCUCACCCUCAGGAAGCGACUUCUGGUGCUGAACUGAUCCCCAUCCAACACCAUGUGUGACGACGACGAGACUACCGCCCUUGUGUGCGACAACGGCUCCGGCCUGGUGAAGGCUGGCUUUGCUGGAGACGAUGCUCCCCGCGCUGUCUUCCCCUCCAUCGUCGGUCGCCCCCGUCACCAGGGUGUGAUGGUGGGUAUGGGUCAGAAAGACUCAUACGUGGGUGACGAGGCCCAGAGCAAGAGGGGUAUCCUCACUCUGAAGUACCCCAUCGAGCACGGCAUCAUCACCAACUGGGACGACAUGGAGAAGAUCUGGCACCACACUUUCUACAACGAGCUGCGUGUUGCCCCCGAGGAGCACCCCACCCUGCUCACUGAGGCCCCACUUAACCCCAAAGCCAACAGGGAGAAGAUGACCCAGAUCAUGUUUGAGACCUUCAACGUCCCCGCCAUGUAUGUGGCCAUCCAGGCUGUGCUCUCCCUUUACGCCUCUGGUCGUACCACUGGCAUUGUGCUGGACUCCGGUGAUGGUGUGACCCACAACGUCCCCAUCUAUGAGGGUUACGCUCUUCCCCACGCCAUCAUGCGUCUGGAUCUGGCCGGUCGCGAUCUGACUGACUACCUGAUGAAGAUCCUGACAGAGCGUGGCUACUCCUUCGUGACCACUGCUGAGCGUGAGAUUGUGCGUGACAUCAAGGAGAAGCUGUGCUACGUCGCUCUGGACUUCGAGAAUGAGAUGGCCACCGCUGCCUCUUCCUCCUCCUUGGAAAAAUCUUACGAGUUGCCUGACGGCCAGGUCAUCACCAUUGGCAACGAGCGUUUCCGCUGCCCCGAGACCCUGUUCCAGCCCUCCUUCAUUGGUAUGGAAUCUGCUGGUAUCCAUGAGACGACCUACAACAGCAUUAUGAAGUGUGACAUUGAUAUCCGCAAGGAUCUGUACGCCAACAACGUCCUCUCAGGUGGUACCACCAUGUACCCUGGUAUUGCUGACCGCAUGCAGAAGGAAAUCACCGCUCUGGCCCCCAGCACCAUGAAGAUCAAGAUCAUUGCUCCUCCUGAGCGUAAGUACUCCGUCUGGAUCGGCGGCUCCAUCCUGGCUUCCCUGUCCACCUUCCAGCAGAUGUGGAUCAGCAAGCAGGAGUACGACGAGGCUGGCCCCUCCAUCGUCCACAGGAAAUGCUUCUAAACAACUCGACGCUGCUGGUCUUCACCGCUUAUGAAUGCCAAAAACUCUCACCAUUACCUCCGCCUGUUCCUCAGGCAGCCCUCCUUUGCUUUUUGUUCUUGUACAGUAUGUUUACACCGAAUUGCAAUUUAUAUGUGGACAUUUUCUGGUUUAUAAAUUAAUUUAUAUGUGGAUAUUUAUUGCUUUAUAAAAUAAACAAGACCCGGGACUUGUAA